AACAUUGUGCUCGCCUCCCAACCCCUCUCUUUUCAACACACCACACACAGUAGAGAGAGAAAAAAGGAAAAAUUAUUUAUCACAAUCAAAUCUCAUUUCCUCUCUCUAUGGCGUUGUUUCCUCUGUAAAUAUGUGUUCUUCUCAUUUUUCUCUCUCAAAGAGUAAUUUCUAAUCGCUUGAGAAAACUUUGUAUUUUUAGUUUUUAUUCUUUUUCCCCAAAAUUUUCGGUGCUCAUCUUUUAAUUUGAGCCAUGCGGAGAGGCAGAGCGGCGGCGAGGCAGGCGGCGGCGGUGGUUCCCGGCGUGGAAACCAACGGAUCGGGAGGAUCUAAGGAGAUCAGAUUUCGAGGCGUCAGAAAGAGGCCGUGGGGGAGGUACGCCGCCGAGAUCAGAGACCCUUGGAAGAAGACGCGUGUCUGGCUCGGCACCUUUGACUCGGCUGAGGAUGCCGCUCGCGCCUACGACGCCGCUGCGCUCUCUCUCCGCGGCCCCAAGGCCAAGACCAACUUCCCCUUGCCGCCAAACGGCGCCGUUUAUCCAGAUUUCAACCCUCAAAACCCUAAUCAGCCGCGUAUUAAUACUACCCCCAACGAUCCGUUCAUGGGCUGCCGGUAUUACCCCCAGGACCAGCACAUAAUCGCGCAGCAGCGGCCGACGUCCAGCGGCAUGAGCAGCACUGUGGAAUCCUUCAGCGGGCCGCGGCAGCUGCCGACGCAGCCGAUUGUGCAGCAGCAGAGAAGGCAUCCGAGGUCGCCGCCGGUGGCGCCUGAUGAUUGUCACAGCGAUUGUGAUUCGUCCUCAUCCGUGGUUGAUGACGCCGACUGUGACAUCGCCUCCUCCUCUUGUAAAAUGCCCAUGCCUUUUGAUCUUAACAUGCCGCCGCCGGGAGACUCCGUCGCCGACGUUGACGACUUAGCCUGCACCGCUCUCCGGCUCUGAGCGGUUUCCCUCCGCUGAUAAAUGAUGUACUUGUCAUUUGGAAGAGAUUCACUCAUUCACCCAUUUGGUUAAAUUACUAAAAAAAAAAUUCUAUUCUCUUUUUCGUUUUUUUCUUUUUUUGUUUUGCUUUUAUUUUGCGGAAAAAACCCCAAAAAAUCCCAAAAAAACAAAACAAGGAGAGAGAAGAAGAAUGCUCAUAGACGUGGGUGAAGACUGACGGUGUCUUACAAACUCCGAGCCUCGUAUUUUACGAGUGUAUGUUGUUUGCAGAGAAUUUACUUUUUUUGUAUUUAUAAUCCCUAAUGUUAUCCAUAAUAGAAGAUACUAUUAUGAUUGGUA